AGCGAAAUUAAAACGAAAACCACAACGGAAAAAUAUUUGUGUAGAGUUCUGUCAGCUGUCAAAAACAAUUGAGAAGUUCUGAAUGUCAGCUGCUGUAAACAAAAGUGCAAAACUUUUUUUCGAGUUCGAGUUUUUAAAUUGUCUAUUAUAAAAUGAAUUUUCAAAAUAAUAAUGAAGACGAAGAUGAUUUAAUGUUAACGACAAUAAUCGCCUCUGCAUCUGUGUUUUUAUCGAUGAUAACGAAGAGAAAUAAAAAACUUCCAUCUAUCCGUGUUAGCCCAUAUCUGCUGAACAGGCAGACAAAAGGUCGUUUUGCUACAGAUUUUAAUGACAUGGAAGCAAAUGAAAAGGUGUUCAAGGAAAAUUUCCAUAUGCCACCAAAUAUAUUUCGAGAACUAUUCUCAUUAGUUGAACCAAAGCUGUGUGCAGUGCGAAACACAAGACCAGAAGAUGAAAUAACGCCAUUAGAGAAGUUUGCAAUUGUUAUUGAAUAUCUAGCAAGUGGUAGUAUCCAAAGGCAUGUCUCAUCAGUCUACCGAAUUAGCAAGCAGGAUUUUGGUAAGAUUUUGGAUGACGUUUGCAUUGCUCUAUGCGAGGUCUUGGUUGGUUAUAUACCGAAAUUGGAUGCUCCGCAUUUUGUAGAAAUUGCAAACCAGUUUAACAUUCAGUGGAACUUGCCAAACUGCAUAGGAGCCAUCGAUGGCAAGCAUGUUGCCAUAAAAUGUCCUCAAAAUGCAGGAAGUUUAUUUUACAAUUAUAAGGGAUUUCAUAGCAUUGUGCUUAUGGCCAUUGCUGAUGCCAACUAUAAAUUUGUAUAUAUUGACGUUGGUGCCCAUGGAAGUGAAGGAGAUGCCAACGUAUUUGCUUCAACUAAUAUUGGGAAAGCAACACUUCAAGAUAAUUUGCCUUUUCCAGAAGACAUGGUUGUGGGAAACGAAAAACUUCCUUUCUUUUUUGUUGCCGACGAUGCUUUUCCACUUUGCAAAAGAAUAGUGAAGCCAUACGCACCUUCGAGAGCAAAGAAGCUUGCAAACGAAGAACGGAUAGCCAAUUACAGAAUUAGCAGAGCAAGGCGCUGCGUUGAAAACUCAUUCGGUAUUUUAAGUUGUAAGUGGCUGUGUUUAUCCAGAACAAUGUUUUGCAACCCAGAUAGAGCGCAAAAGAUAAUAAGUGCCUGUUGCUUUAUUCAUAAUUACUUAAUAACCAACAAUAAGGAAACAUACUGCCCUUCCAAAAUGACCGAUUAUUACGACGAAACUGGGUGUUAAGUUGCAGGUGAAUGGAGAAAAAGAAUCUCACCUGAUGCAAUUCAUUACUCGUCUAUACAACCUUGCACUGGAAGACAAAGUAGUAUAGGAAAGCAUGUACGGGAUAAGCUCAAAAAUUAUUUCAUUUCACCUUUCGGGUCGAUCCCAUGGCAAAACAAAGCAUCUUUUGUUUAAUAAAGUCAAAAAGGUUUCCAAGUUUCGUCAUCGUCAUCAUCUUCCAAUUUUGUUUUAAAUUUUAAUUGUAUUUAAUCAUGACAAAAAGUAUUUUAUUAAUUAAAAUUUUGCAGAGCUCUUAGGCUCUAUAAAUUAAACAAAAAGUUUUUUGUCUACUUCUGCUUACCUAUAAGUAUAUGGAAAUUUGUUUGAUUAAAUUUAAAAAAUUAAAAAAAAAAUCAAUGGAAUUGCAAGACAAACCAUCAUGUAUUUCGCAAACUACACGCUUCAUUCGGAUGGAUCAAACGGUUCUGAGUUCUAAUUUAUG